GCUAGAGAGAGAGAGAGAGAGGAGGAAGAGCAGGAGCUAGAGAGAGAAAGGAACAAGGAAAGAAAGAAGGAGAGGCAGAAGAAGGGAUUUGAAAUCCCUAGGUCUAGGUGCCAAAGAGGAGAAUCAACCUUGUGGUAUUGAUUUCUAUCAAGGAGGUAGUAAAUAGGGUUUAUCUUUGGCACGCAGGGUGAUGUGAGAAGUUCCGACGUCAGAGUGUGUAUGGCAUGGGGUAUCCUAUGGGCGAGAAAACAAUCAGCUUAAACGUCAAUUUUAAAGAAUGAUAUUAUGUUUUAUUUUGUUUUCAAAACUUAUCAGUGGGACUUGAGCUACAUUUAGUUUUCUUUAAAAAGGUUGAAUGAGAACUUUAUUUUAUUUUAAACUAUUGGGCCCAACUUGCUUGUUUUAGCAAGGCCCGAUGAAAUUUUCAUAUAAUAAGUGGAUCCUUCUACAAGUUUAUGAGCAUGGAGAUGUUUUACAAAGAAUUAGUUUAGGGCAUUUUACAAAUGGUAUCAGAGCUAGUCGUCGAUGUUUACAAGGACCCUCCCCAUACAAGCUAAAGACGAGAAAAUCUCACCUCACCGCGUCGUAAGUAUUUAUUUUAUGUGCUAUUAUUUGUUUAUGUUUUAUUUAAUUUUAUAGUUUUGUUACUGCAGUAUAGUAAGAUGCCUCCUGUUAUAAAAACCACUAAGAAACUACUACUUAAGGAAAUCCGCACAAUACCCAACUACGAUUGGAGAAUUACGAUGUUGAAAACAACGACAGUGGUUUGCGAUCGUAUGUAAGGAAUCAUGAAGAAAAGAGGAUCAUUGCUAUGGCCUAGAGAGCAAUAUUAGGUGUUAAGGGAAGCACUAUCGAUGUACUCCGAGGCCCUUCGCCAGUUAGACAUAGCAUGCACAAUGUCAUUCAGGACGACCUCGACUUUAGCACCAUAGAGUAUGUGAUAUACGAUCUUAUGGACAACUACGAAUUUAGUCAUCAGGAGCUGGUUAUGGUAAAGAUGGAUAACAGAGAGAUGGAGGAGCGUUUGGAGACGAUAAACGAUUUGGAAGGAGCCUUGGCAUGUCAGGAAGUAGUUCAUGCCAUACCACAAGUGACUGCUAGGAUGAGGGUGAUGUCGAGCAUUCUCGACUACUUCCACAUCCCCGAUGAUGUCUUUGAUUACAGCUCAGGAGACGAGUCCACAGUUAAGGACUAAAGUCUGUCGCGUAGAUCGUUCCAUGAAUCGUUAAUGAAUAAGAUGGGAUUUUUUUAAGACCCUAAGGAUUUAUGUUUUUGGUUAUUGAAUACUUUAUGAGUUGUUUGAAUUUUGGAAUAAUUUAGAACACUUUGAAUGCUAUGUUUUAAUAUUAUUCCUCUUGCAACCUCUAAAUGGUGUGGGUUUAGAAUGUAUGAUUUUCACGAAUAUUUAUCAAACCAUUUUGCGAAUUGUCCUCUCUUACGAUUUUAUUUUGGUGCCUUAGAAUCUCAUAAUGUCAACAAGAGGAUGAGGAGGAAAUGGAAGAGGAAGAGGCCGAGGAAAGGGUGUCUCCACAAUGUCUAAGGCCACGACAACUCCUAACAUAGGAAUGCCAUCAAUCCAACCUGCAGCUCCAACAGCACCAUCUAAGGACCUGGCCAUGAAUGUAGCAAGGUUGAGAGAACAACUAAGAUUGAGAGAUGAUGAAUUGGCACAUGCUAGGAAAGUGCCCCAAUUGCCUAAAGUACCAGUGGCGCAGCCUCAGCCACCAACACCACCACCUGCACCACUGCCUAUGACUUAUGGGUUUGAGCCAGUGUAUGAACAUUUCAGAAAACAAGCCCCGCCAACUUUUGAAGGGGAAGUUGAUCCCGUGGUGGCGAAGGAUUGGUUAAGAUCGAUCGAGGCCAUCUUCGAUCAUAUGGAGUUAAAUGAUCGUCAGAGAAUCUCAUGUGCAGCCCACUUACUUAAGUUUGAUGCGCGGAUAUGGUGGGAUGUGAUUAAACAUACCCAAGAUCUGAAUACCAUGACUUGGGCAGAAUUCGUGCAGGCUUUUAGCAAGAAGUAUUACAAUGCGGCCGUGUUGGCAACCAAUGUAGAUGAGUUCGUGACUUUGAUUCAGGGAAAUUUAUCUAUCACUAAUUAUGCACAGAAGUUUGAUAGGUUGGCAAAAUUCGCUCCUGAAGUUGUACCACCUGAAGCUCUGCGAGUCCAAAGGUUCAUGAGGGGACUCAAGACUAUGAUUGGGAGGGAUGCUACGAUGACCAAUACUGAAGUGGUCAGUUAUGCCAAAAUACUAGAUAGGGCACUUGAGGCAGAAUACUUGGAGGAUCGAAUAUGGAAGGACAAUGCUGCCAGAAGAAAGGUCCACCGAAACAAGGGCUCCAAUGAAGGCAACAAGAGGAAAGCUAAUGAAGGCAGAAUAGUGGCAUUGAUAAGAGACCAAGACCCCCGGCCAUGAAUAACAACAGUCACAACACUCAGAACCACCCUAACAACCGCAAAAGUCGAUAUAAUGAUCAGAACCGUGGGAAUCACCAAAGCAACAGAGUAAAGCACCCCACUUGUCCUAAAUGAUCAAAAAGACACCCGGGAGAAUGCCAGGCUGGCACCAACAAAUGUUUCAAGUGCAUUCUGGCAAGACAUCUGAGAAAAGAUUGCCCACAAUGGAAAACGGGACAUAACAGUAACAACAAUCUGAUGCCAUCAUGGGUUUUGCCUUAACUCAGAAUGAAGCAGCCAACAGCAACACCGUAGUCACAGGUCAGGUCCCUAUAUCUAGUAGGAUGUGUAGAGUUCUUAUUGAUUUUGGAGUGACUUACUCUUUUGUUUCCAUGAAUGUGAUUGAUAAGUUGGGUAUGCCUUGUAAAUUGUUUGAGCAUAGUUUUAGUAUGAUGUUACCGUCGGGAGAUGUAAUGCCCCACGUCACUAUGGUUGCUUCCUGGAAUGAUGAUUGUCCCUACAAACCAACACAAGUCUUUCCAGCGUGCUUUGUCCUCACUCGCACGCUUCCCAAGAAAACUUCCCAGGAGGUCACCCAUCUUGAGAAUACUCCAGGUCAAGCACGCUUAACUUUGGAGUUCUCAAGUGCUGGGCUACCGAAAAGAAGAUGCAUCUUGUUGAUAUAGGUAGUACCCAUCAAUCCAUUUAAGC